AUGACUCCACAAUAUGUGGUUGUAUCUGUGGGGUCAACUGCCUUAACAUCUUCCCAAGUGACACUGUUGGGGCCUCUCCAUAUUGCUGUGGUGCAGGGUAACCUGCCAGCAGUGCAUCGGCUUGUCAACCUCUUCCAUCAUGGGGGCCGGGAGCUAGAUAUCUACAACAACCUACGACAGACACCACUCCACCUGGCUGUGAUCACCACAUUGCCGUCCGUGGUCCGGCUCUUGGUGAUGGCUGGCGCCAGCCCUAUGGCACUGGACCGCCAUGGCCAGACGGCGGCCCACCUGGCGUGUGAGCACCGCAGCCCCAGCUGCCUGCGUGCCCUGCUGGACAGCGCGGCCCCGGGCACGGUGGACCUGGAGGCCCGCAAUUACGACGGGCUCACCGCCCUCCACGUGGCCGUGAACACCGAGUGCCACGAAGCCGUGCUGCUCUUGCUGGAGCGUGGGGCGGACAUCGACGCCGUGGACAUUAAGAGCGGCCGCUCUCCGCUCAUCCAUGCCGUGGAAAACAACAGCCUGAGCAUGGUGCAGCUACUGCUGCAGGUGGGUGCCCCGCCCCGGCCUGUCGCCCACCCCCUCCUCUGUCCCUAGCUCUGCUGCCGUCCCCGCCCCUGGCGCCGGCCUUGCCUUCCAGCUCUGGCUCCGGCUCUUCCUCCACUUCCAACUCUGACCUUCCUUCUCGGUCUUGUUCUUCACCUCUCUGACUUCACUCCCCUGGCUGCAAACUUGUCCCGGGCCGUCACCCAUUCCUCUGCCCCCUCAGUGGCCUGGGUCCCUCCCUGCGAUGGUCUUGAU